AUGUUCGAUGGCUCCAGAGACGCAUAUUGGAUGAAGCUCGCCUCGUCGUGCGAGCAGAAAUCGUUGCGGCUCGCCAAAAUCCACCGCAACGUGCACAAGCUGCCCAACAAGCUGCCGCAGCAGCUCCCAAUGCACAGGCAUGCGGGCACCCCGAGAGAUGGCCGCUUAUUGAAGGGGAGCACAUCCGUGAAAUCUGCAACACCACCAUGGAGUUCAUUCUGGAAUGUCCAGAUUCUAGACUCUGUGCAUGUGUUCGGUGCAGACGAAACAGUCUUCGAUCGAUCGCUUUCCGAAGCUGGCUUUGUCAUUACUGAAGGCAUCAAGGCGCCCGAUUUGGGAGAUAAGUGGCUUCUUCUGACUCUUCGUAUUGGUUACUCGAACACCACUUCCACCCGGUUCCUCUCUGACGGUCUCCUCUCUGACGGUCUCCUCUCUGACGGUCUCCUCUCUGACGGUCCUAUCAUUCCUGAAGGAUCGCCACUUGGCUUUGGUUUGGAUGUGGCCGACUCCAAGGACUCUGUCACUAUUGAGGACUCCCGCCCGUCCAAUCCCCUUGAGACUGAACAUUGUUUUGGUCUGUCUCAACGCAAUGAACUCGAUCGAUAUGGAGGCUUUUGUUAUUGUGAUUUUGUGGCCCUAAUGUGA